UUAAUUGUAAGUAAUGGUAUGAUUGGACUGGUUCAACUAGUUUAUUCAUAUCUAGCUUGCUGCCAUCUUGUGGACAAUUGAAGUCAAAAACUGUUUUGUUUUGUUUUGAUUUUUUUAUGGCAAAUUGUGGUGGCCACUGUGCUCUUGAAGCCUUUAUGCUGCAGAAUUUUGUAGCCUUCCCCAGAUUUGUUCCCCGACACAAUCUAAUGAGAUAUGGCUUGGUUUUGAUCUGACUGAUCUCAUUUUCACCAUGUCCAAAUGUUAAUAUAAACCACGCCCAACAUUAGCUUCAAGUAGCCUAUGUCCCACCCACAGCUGGAAGCCCACUUCUUUUAGGGACUGAGUUGUAGCGAUAAUUUAAUUGAGUUCAGUUCAGACGUCAGAAGCAGAUAUUGGCACCAGGAGACAAGAUGUCCCUCACUGUGAAAAACAUUUCUGUUACUUACAAUCCUAUCAAUCAGAGCAAUACCUUCACCAGCGGGGAUUUCAUAUCGGGACAAGUCAUUCUGGAUGUAGCGAAGGACACACAAAUGCAGUCGUUGAGUGUGAAAAUUAAAGGGAAAGCUGAGGUGUGCUGGACAGAACGUCACGGUAAAACUACUGUUGUUUACUCGGAUAAGGAGAAGUAUUAUUCCGUGGAGAGCUUUUUUGUUCGGGAAGACAAAACACAUGGAAAUGAGAUGCUGAAAGAUCCAUCAGGACAGCCAUAUUCUUCUGUUGUGGCACCAGGGCGUCAUGUUUACCCUUUCACCUUUCAGUUGCCUCUACAGCACUUCCCACCAACCUUCAAAGGUUUAGUUGGAAAAGUUGUCUACACUUUGGAGACAAAACUAUCAAGAUCAAUGCGUAUUUCUAGCAAAGACAAAACCGAGUUUCAUUAUGUCCCCAGACCGGAUGUGUCCAAUCCUGAACUAAUGGCGCCUCAGUACGGAACCAAAGAUAAACAAAUGAAACUCUUCACAUCUGGGAGUGUCUCGAUGAACAUAAACACUGACAAAAUGGGAUACUACCUUGGGGAGGGCUUGAAAGUUUUGGCUGAAGUUCAGAACAGUUCUUCCCGUGCAAUCAAACUAAAAUACUGCUUGUAUGAAAAACACAGUUUUUUUCCAAGAGGCAAGAGAAGACUUCACACACACACCCUUCUAAAAGAGGAAGGGGAACCCAUUGAGCCAAACUCAAAGAAAACUUUCACCAAAGUGCUGUCCAUUCCACCCAGCCUUACCAUCUCUAUCCUAAACUGUAGGAUCCUCAAGGUUGAGUACAGACUCAGGGUCUACCUGGAUGUACCGUAUGCCUCAGAUCCAGAGAUCAAAUUUCCAGUUGUGAUUCUUCCUCCUCAGCCUGUCUCAGGGGCUACAAACAGUGACUUUGGAAUCUGGAAUCAACCACCAGAAAGCAAUAUGUACCUCAACCCACCUCCUAUGGCUCCACAAGCCCCACCACUUAAUGUGGUUGGACCACCUGGUCAGUUUGGAUCUCCGGGCUACUAUGGACCUCCUUUGAAUCAGUUUCCUGUUCCUGGUUACCCUGGACGUCGAGGUCAAUUUGGUCCUUCAGUUUCACAUCAGUCUGACCCAUCAGAUCCACCUGCUUAUCAGGAAUAUCAAUUAUAUCCACAGUUGCCAGACCACACUGAAAAAUCUUGACAAAGUGAUUUUAGAAUCACCUUAGUCUUCUUUUAUUGUUAUUGUUUUAUGUAGAAUUCUGGAAUGAUUUGUACAUGUAGCCUUUUAUAUUACAGGUAGUGAUGUUGACUGUUAAUAAGCUAACAACAUUCUAUACUAUUUAUUUUUGUAUUUCUGAACCUUCAGUAUAGUGCUAUAUUUUACAUCCCAUGAAAAAGCUAAAUCCUGCUUGCUUUAAGUAGAGUACUGUAUUUUUUUUAAAUGUUUCAAAUUAAAGUAAGCAUUUGUGCUGCUUUAAAAUUGUACAUUUAUUCAACUUGAAAUGUUAAAUUGUACCAAGUGACAACUUUAAGGCAGCAUGAACAUUUUUUUUGAAACAACAGUUUUUUUUAUAGUGUAAAUUUACCAUCAGUUUCAUAAAAAGUUAUGGAUUUACCAGGAACUUCUGUUACAAAGUUUAUUCAGAACUUAAACUAAGUUACAACAAUAUAGACAAUUUUUUUUGAACAUACUGUGACACUAUAGUUUGACUGAAUAAUAUAUUUUAUGUAUUUCUAUUUAUGUAUGAAAUAUAAAACUGAAUUUACUCAUAUUAUAGACUCAUAUUAUCUUGUUAACAGGUGGAAAACAGUGUAGUUUAUUAUUAGUUGAAAUUUAGAUAUAGAUUUACUCUUUAAAGCUCCUAUGUAACUUUUUACUCUCUAUCGGUAAAAAUAAAUAAAAUAAAACUGCUUGUGUCUUGCGGAAGAA